UUUGAAUCCAAUAUGGUCACAGAAUAAACAAUUGGUACUGUUUAUUCUGUGAUAUGGUCAUUUACCUUCUUUAUCUAUGAAGUUCAAAAGUAGCUUAAAAUUUAAAAAAAGUAUAUUAAAAUUAAAUUCAAGAUAUAUUAUUCUUGAUAAAUGUAUUGUCAAUUGGAUCUACAAAACUUUAUCAGCAAAACCGAUUUAAUUUACACCGAAAAUAGUAUUUUGAAAAUAUGUCAAAAGGCACAUCCCAGAAAGGAGACAAAAUACCACCUGGAUAUGUGACAGUCUGUGUGAUAGAUGAUGAAAAAGAAUUGAAAAAAUCAUAUUUGUGUUCCAGAGAACUUCUGGCUAAACAUGUGGGAUAUUUAGCAGAACAAUUUAAAGUAUCAAAACUUGAAAUCACAGAAGUUUCAAUCCAUUGUAACAUCAAUACAUUUAACUGGUUAAUACAGUGGAUAAGAAAGGUAGAUUCCUCCCCUGAUCAGCUGCCAGUACUAGAUAUAGGAAAUGUAUUUCCUGUGCUGGUCUCAGCAGAGUUUCUUGUGAUGAAAGCUCUUAUUUCGCGAUGUCUCCAGUUCAUACACGAAAACAUCAAAAGGAUAAACUUAACUCCAAAUGUUCUUCAAAUCCUUGGUGAGGACACUAUUUCAAGGCUGUGCGACCAGUUCGCGAACUGCGAGGUGGAGGCCGUGGGCGAGGGGAAGGACGCGCUGAAGGGACGCCUCUACACGCAGCUGACGGAGGCGCUGCUGCGCGAGGGCGCCGACCCCCGGCUCGGUCACCUCUGCGGCCUCAGGAGCCUGUCCAGGUGCUCGGCGUGCGGCCAGCUGGUUCGCGCGGGCGUCUCCUUCAGCAUGUGGUGCACUCCGGAGAACAUCGUGCUCAGUCCGUCCAAGGGCAUCAUCAAUCUGCAUAGAAGGGAGGACUCGUGGGACGCGCGGGACCACGCCCGCCGGCUGGCCAAGAGGCUGGACCACUGUCCGCGGACCACGUACUGGCGGCUGUGGGGGCAGUGCCACAUGCUGCUGUGCACCGCCUGCCGCGCCUACUUCCCCGCGGGCCAGAUGGGCUGGUGCCUGCGACACCCGGACGAGCCGCGCGCCGGCGACGACUCCCGCUGGACCUACCCGUGCUGCCAGGCGCCCGCCGUCCCUCGCGACCCGCUCCACGGCAUCACCGGGUGUCACUUCAGAGAGCACUGCCCGAGGCUGGAAACAAGGAUGGACCACGAAAUUUUCCGAAUAUAUUCCAAACACAAAGAACUGAUUGCUCUGCCAGACGAAUAUAAACAAUCUUACAAACAAAACUUGCAAAGAAAUUUUAUCGAUAAAGAUAAAUAUCUGUGGUGGACUGUGCUGAAAGAAUCACCUGCUAAUGAGAAUUAUUUUGUGCCAAAUAUUUGGGAAAUUUAUCCCAACAACGAAUCAGUGCUAUUUAAUUCCAAGAAGAACAAGAAAGGAGUAAAGAUAAUAUAUGAACGAGUACGCAUCGUGGAAGAAGACCUGAUGCCGAGACAUGAGUGUGAAAGUGGCUUUGAAAAGACUCCCAAAACUGGGAUCUCGAAUCAAAACAAGGUACGAGACGGUUUCGCGGAAGAGAACUUCUUCUACGAUUACGUGCACGCGAGCGAAAGCGAAUCUAGCGAUAAGGAAGAGAAGAGUUCAGACUCGUCGUCUGAGGGGGAAGUGUAUCGGCGGCGCAUCGUCGAGAAACAGAGGAUCACUGUGCAGAGGUCGUGCACCGGGAGCCUGCUGUGGUCGCCGCUGCUGCCCGGGCACGUGAACACGCACUCCCUGCACGAGCACGAGCGCAGGUGCCUGGCGCGCACGGCCGGCUACCUGGAGAGACUGGCCACGCACCAGCUGGCGGGCCGUGCCGAGGAGCCCCGCGCCAGGCGCUCCAAGUGGACCUCGCACGUCGUCCCCAAAGGUGGCAUAUUUGUUCGCCUGGAGAGUGAAUGGCUCGCACAAAACCCACCAGAGACAGCAAAAAAUGAAACAAGCUCACGUCGCUAAGUUUGUAAGAAUAUUUAAACAGUUUUGUUAAUGUUUCAUGGAGUUUCCUGUUACGUUAGGUACCAUUGUGUGAAACAUACAGUUAAUUACACCGUAAUUAAUUUUACGACUUGUUCUCUUACUGAAAAUGAUUUCUCAGUAUACUUGCAAAGACUAUUCAGAUUUUAGAUUUAAUUAAUGACUGAAGUGGCGAUGGUCACCAUGAAAUGGAACACAAUUUAUAUUUUACUUUUACCAUAAAAACUGUUGCUGCUGCAGAAAGAAGGUAGCAAGGCGUACUGGAUGUUUGUAUCUUGCUCUUCAUGGACUUUAGUUUGAAAUUUCCUUAAAUAAUGUUACAAACAAAACCAAAAUCCACAUAAUAUACAUGAUCCAAGUUAUUUAAAAUACUAUAUUUCUUCUUAUCAUAUAUAGCAGAAUUUUCCUUAUUAAAUAUGUUAUGUCUCAAAUAUAGCCCUGAGACAAAA